AUGGGGGUGAUGCUGGUAUCGCCAUUGUCGAUCGGCCUAAUAAAUGUUUCAAUUCGCCUUCAAGUUAUUUCUUUGUUUAGGUUAGUGUUAGUGGGAGACGAGAAGGUCAUCAAGGGCGUUGCGGAUUGGAUCACCAACGAUCUGAAGGAAGUUGCUAUUGAAAUCGUUGGAUUAGAUAUGGAAUCAGAGAGAGAGUCGGUAUUUGAUGAAGUCGUGGAGAAAACCUGGAGUAUUUUGGGGAAAGUGGAUGCUCUAGUAAAUUGCUAUACUUAUGAAGACAUCAGCUAUGGAGUUUGGGAAGCACCAGAUUAG